UGGCCUCGUUGUGGAGCGGCUCGUAAUCCAUCAUGGCGGCUGAGGGGCUCGGUGUCUGUCCCUGAGCGGCGCCGGAGCCUGAGCCGGUUUCCCGUCCUGCGGCGGACGAGCUCCUCGGUGGUCCACGGCCUCUGCUGGCAGGGGGAAGGCUGGGUGCCUCGGCGGAGCUCGGGGGAUGUAACUGCUCGGCCGCGGCGGUGGGGGCGUCCGGAGCCGGGGGAGGGGGUGUCUCGGACCGAGACCCCUGGGCUGCGGGCAGCGGAGGCGACCGGGCCUCCUCUCCCCUGUGACGGCCUCCUGAUUUCGGGGCCGCGAGAGACCUUCGUCCCUUACACCCCUGUCCCGGAUCGGGGACACCGAGGGUGGUCUCAGUUUCCCCCGACCUGGGACACCCCGUUUCCUGAGGCUGGAGGAGCGUCGACCCCCGAGUAAGCCCCCCAUGACCCGUCCCGGCAGCCUCCUCUCCCCCGCGAGCCGCCUUUUGCUCCGGAUCCCGGCCCCAAGUUUGGCCACAGAACCCCCCAUUCAAAUCCCUUCCUGCUGUCAAGUGGCCUCCCCUGUCCCCCAGAUUAUUCCCGCGAGUCUGUAAUGCCCUGACUUCUUCCAAUGUCACCUACGGCCCCCCUGGACUCAGCGAAGCCACAAACUUUAAUGGAAAGGAAAAGUCUGGAUUGGUUUCACAGGCCUUUUAAAAAGCGGACUUAAAAGUUGCUGGCAACGCAUUCCUGCCCAGUCUGACUGGAGAGCAAGCUUCUGUGAAAUCUGAGUGACCUGUGUCCUCUUCCGGAGAGCAGCUAGGGUGGAGAAACCAAGAUAGGGGAAUGGUGACUUCCACAGGAAAAGUUUUGGAGAAGCAUCUGAAGAUGGUCAACGUUUCCUUUAUGCUUGGGAAUAGAAAUGAAUUUAGUGUCCUUGGUACUUUUCAGCAACCCCUGUGAAUAUUUCGGUUUAAGUUUUUCUUCUCGAGAAAGAAACUCAGUACGUACAGUAUACUUAAAAUCAAGAAACUUUUGGGUUGCAGCGUAAUUAAAAUUGAUACACUGUGGAAAUCAUUGGAACUCUUGUUUACAUGUGUCAAUCUGAACUCUGCUCCCUUUUUUUGUGGAAGACAUUUUUCUGAGAUUAGCCUCAGUUGCUGUCUUGGGGAGCUGCAGUGAAUGUGAAAGCCCACUGACUGUUCUGGAAGAUCUUGAACCCUCUUCUGGCAAGGGGUACCUAUCAUUGCUUUAUGGGGCAGCAGCCUGGAAAAGUUCUUGGGGACCAAAGAAGGCCGAGUUUGCCUGCCCUGCAUUUUAUCAAAGGAGCAGGGAAAAAGGAAUCAUCGAGGCAUGGGGGUCCACACUGCAAUGUUUUUGUGGAACAUGAAGCCCUGCAGAGGCCAGUAGCAUCUGACUUUGAGCCCCAAGGUCUGAGUGAAGCUGCUCGUUGGAACUCCAAGGAAAACCUCCUUGCCGGGCCCAGUGAAAAUGACCCCAACCUUUUCGUUGCACUGUAUGACUUCGUGGCCAGUGGUGACAACACUCUAAGCAUCACCAAAGGUGAAAAGCUCCGGGUCUUGGGCUACAAUCACAAUGGGGAGUGGUGUGAAGCCCAAACCAAGAACGGCCAAGGAUGGGUCCCGAGCAACUACAUCACACCUGUCAACAGCCUGGAGAAGCAUUCCUGGUACCACGGGCCUGUGUCCCGCAAUGCCGCCGAGUACCUGCUGAGCAGCGGGAUCAACGGCAGCUUCCUGGUGCGGGAGAGCGAGAGCAGCCCUGGCCAGCGCUCCAUCUCACUGCGCUACGAGGGCCGGGUGUACCACUACAGGAUCAACACCGCCUCCGAUGGCAAGCUCUACGUCUCCUCCGAGAGCCGCUUCAACACUUUGGCCGAGCUGGUUCACCACCAUUCCACGGUGGCCGACGGGCUCAUCACCACCCUCCACUACCCCGCGCCCAAGCGCAACAAGCCCACGGUCUACGGUGUGUCCCCCAACUACGACAAGUGGGAGAUGGAGCGCACGGACAUCACCAUGAAGCACAAGCUGGGUGGCGGCCAGUACGGGGAGGUGUACGAGGGCGUGUGGAAGAAGUACAGCCUCACCGUGGCGGUGAAGACCCUGAAGGAGGACACCAUGGAGGUGGAAGAGUUCUUAAAAGAGGCUGCAGUGAUGAAGGAGAUCAAGCACCCCAAUCUGGUGCAGUUGCUCGGGGUCUGCACUCGGGAGCCCCCGUUCUACAUCAUCACCGAGUUCAUGACCUAUGGGAACCUUCUGGACUACCUGCGGGAUUGCAACCGGCAGGAGGUGACUGCCGUGGUGCUGCUCUACAUGGCCACGCAGAUCUCCUCGGCCAUGGAGUACCUGGAGAAGAAGAACUUCAUCCACAGGGAUCUCGCUGCCCGAAACUGCCUGGUAGGGGAAAACCACUUGGUAAAGGUGGCAGACUUUGGCCUGAGCAGGCUGAUGACGGGGGACACGUACACAGCCCAUGCUGGAGCCAAGUUCCCCAUCAAGUGGACCGCGCCCGAGAGCCUGGCCUACAACAAGUUCUCCAUCAAGUCCGAUGUCUGGGCGUUUGGAGUACUGCUUUGGGAAAUUGCUACCUAUGGCAUGUCACCGUACCCCGGAAUUGACCUGUCCCAGGUGUAUGAGCUGCUGGAGAAAGACUACCGCAUGGAGCGCCCGGAAGGCUGCCCGGAGAAGGUCUAUGAACUCAUGCGAGCAUGUUGGCAGUGGAAUCCCUCUGACCGGCCGUCCUUUGCUGAAAUCCACCAGGCCUUUGAAACCAUGUUCCAGGAGUCUAGCAUCUCGGACGAAGUGGAAAAGGAGCUGGGAAAGCAAGGUGUGCGAGGGGCUGCGAGCACCUUGCUGCAGGCCCCCGAGCUGCCCACCAAGACGAGGACCUGCAGGAGAGCAGCCGAGCACAGAGACGCCCCCGAUGUGUCUGAGAUGCCCCCCACCAAGGCCCAGGGAGAGAGUGAGCCUCUGGACCACGAGCCUGCCGCGUCUCCGCUGCUCCCCCGGAAAGAGCGAGCUGCUCCAGACGGAGGCCUGAAUGAGGACGAGCGCCUCCUUCCCAAAGACAAAAAGACCAACCUGUUCAGCGCCCUGAUCAAGAAGAAGAAGAAAAUGGCGCCAACCCCUCCUAAGCGCAGCAGCUCCUUCCGGGAGAUGGACGGCCAGCCCGAGCGCCGGGGGCCGGCCGAGGAGGACGGCCGGGAAGCCAGCAACGGGGCGCCGGCCCUCCCCACCUGCGACACCGCUGAGCCUGCCAAGUCGCCAAAACCCAGCAACGCAGCUGGCGUCCCCAACGGAGCCUUCCGGGAGUUGGGGGGCUCGAGCUUCCGUUCUCCCCACCUGUGGAAAAAGUCGGGCACGCUGACUGGCAGCCGCUUAGCAGCCAGUGAGGAGGAGGGCGGUGGCAGCGCCAGCAAGCGCUUCCUGCGGUCCUGCUCCGCCUCUUGCGUGCCGCACGGGGCCAAGGACACUGAGUGGCGGUCAGUCACGCUGCCUCGGGACCUGCAGUCCACCGGGAGGCAGUUCGACUCAUCCACCUUCGGAGGGCACAAGAGUGAGAAGCCAGCCCUGCCUCGGAAGCGCGCGAGCGAGAACAGGCCAGACCAGGCCGCCAGAGGCACCGGGACGCCCCCGCCCAGGCUGGUGAAGAAGGCCGAGGAAACCGCCGACGAGGUCUUCAAGGACGCCACAGAGUCCAGCCCAGGCUCCAGUCCCCCCAGCCUCACCCCCAAGCUCCUGCGCCGGCAGGUGGUGAUGGCCCCACCCACGGGCCUCACCCACAAGGAAGAGGCCGGGAGGGGCAGUGCCUCGGGGACCCCUGCAGCUGCUGAGCCAGGGCCCCCAGUCAGCAGGGCAGGCACAGGCACCCCUGGGGGACCCAGCAAGGCCCCCGCUGAGGAACCCAGGGUGAGGAGGCACAGGCAUGUGUCUGAGUCCCCGGGCAGGGACAGGGGGAGGCUGUCCAAGCUCAAGCCCGUGCCGCCACCCCUGCCCGCCUCUGCGGGGAAGGCUGGGAAGGCCUCACAGAGCCCCGGCCAGGAGGCCGCAGGGGAGGCCGGUACAAAAGCCAAAGCCUUGGGUCUGGCUGUGGAUGCCGUGAGCAGUGACGCUGCCAAGCCCAGCCAGCUUGUGGAGGGCCUCAAAAAGUCGGUGCUGCCUUCCGGGCCCAAGCUGCAGUCGGCCACCAAGGCACCCGGGACCCCCAUUAGCCCGGUACCUGCUCCCUCUGUGCUGCCUGCAGCAUCCUCGGGCCUGGCAGGGGACCAGCCGUCCUCCACCGCCUUUGUUCCCCUCAUAUCCACCCGGGUGUCACUCCGGAAAACCCGCCAGCCCCCAGAGCGGAUCGCCAGCGGGGCCAUCACGAAGGGUGUGGUCCUGGACAGCACCGAGGCACUGUGCCUCGCCAUCUCCAGGAACUCGGAGCAGAUGGUCAGCCACAGCGCAGUGCUGGAGGCCGGCAAGAACCUCUACACGUUCUGCGUGAGCUACGUGGAUUCCAUCCAGCAGAUGAGAAACAAGUUUGCCUUCCGAGAGGCCAUCAACAAGCUGGAGAACAACCUCCGGGAGCUGCAGAUCUGCCCAGCGACUGCAGGGGGUGGCCCCGCGGCCACUCAGGACUUCAGCAAGCUGCUGAGCUCCGUGAAGGAGAUCAGCGACAUCGUGCAGAGGUAGCAGAAGCCAGGUUGCACCAGCUGGAGCUGCCUGCAGCCCGAGAGGGUUCACCAUGCCUGUGACGGUGGCUGACCGUGAGCUGGCACCUCAGCCGGGGGCCAUGCACCGGGCGGCCACACCCGUGGGCCAGCCCUGCUACCUAUGUUCCGCACUCUCUGGCCCCUUGGCCACGUGGUCCUCACGUUGCAUCUGGAGUUCCCGCUCUCUGGACUCCUCAGCUGGCCAGGACCCACCAGGCCUGGCCCACUGAGCACCAUGGACGGAGCUCUGGGGCCGGCGGACGGAGACCGUUCCUCUCAAGUUCCUGUCUGGAGACCCUCCUCCGGCUGUGCCUUCCGUGUCAUACCCCACCCCGCAGAGGGAGCCCCCAAGCGCCUGCCGCUCUGAAGGCCCCUUGGGAGAGCCCCUUCCUGGGAAGGGUGUGCCCACCAGCGCCCCAGGCCCGUCACUCUGUGCUUCCGCUGCCCACCCCAGGCUGGCCCGCUCGCCGUCUCCGCGUGAGGGGAACUCGGAUAUGAGCCAACCAGCCUCUGAGCCCCACAUGUCUGGGCCCAGCCCCUCGAUGUGUGCUGCGAGUCCUGGGGAAAGCUUGGGUCUCCCGGGUGGCAGCGGGGCCGCCGAGGGCCAGCUUCCGACCAGGCUCCUCGCCCUCCUGCUCCUCCGAGACGCCACGGGGCCUUGCAGGGCCUCCGUGACCACACAGCCUUCCGGCCGAAGCCCUGCCUCCACCCAGCCGCUGGGCACUGCACACGGCAGGAGCGGACUCCCAGCUGCACUGCGCCCUCCCGGUGUCGCCCGAAUGUGAACUGCACCGUGCGCAUCGCGUGGCCUGGUGUUUCUGUGGGCCCAUGGUGAGAACGGAGAGACCUGGGAAGGAUGGCACACUCAGUGCCUUUUCCCGGGCUGCCCGGCCCCAGCAGAUGCAGACGGCCAGCAGCCUCCAGGCCGGGUGUACUCACCGGCUCAACUCGGACUCUGGUGCGGUUCUCGCAGCACCUCAGCAACCCGGAGGCCCCACCACACCCGCAGCGGCCUCACAGAAGAAACCAAACACCUCCCAGCCCCGCCGCCGCCCCAGUCCGCCCAGUACUGGCCCCUUCCUGUUAACCUGCCAUGCCGCUCUGUUUUGCAUUUAUACUUUGGUAAUUACACUCUUUUAUAGACUUGCUCUUUUAUAAAUGGCGUGUAAAUAGUUUUCCACUGUGCUCCCUCUGGAGUGUCCGUGGUCUCCCCAUUUUUCCCUUGAUCCAGUACAUUUUGUUUCUGUAUAUGACUCUUUGUGUUUUUUGAAUCAAGAUCUCUCCUCUGUAGUAUUUUUUAAAUAAAUAAGUGUUUACAGAA